UAAUACGCCGUUAACAAUGCCGCUGCUUAGUCAACUUUUACAAAUGCCUCUUAAAUCGCGACGAGGACAAUAAAGGCCAACCUACCCAUUCGGCUUGCUUAUUACUGUGAAAAUGAACGCGAAGAAUCUAUUAACCGCAGUACUCCUUUUAUUGAUGAAUGUAUCGUGCCAUGGUGAAGAGAUCGUGAAGGUUCGAACGCCCUUAGGUCGUAUAAGUGGUCAUCGUACAGUAAAUCAGUAUGGUAAAAAGUACGAUGUUUUUCUGGGCAUUCCCUACGCCCAACCGCCCAUCGGAAGGCUCAGAUUCGCACCACCUCAACCGGUACAGAAAUGGGAAUACGAACUACAAGCGACGAAAAGGGGGAGUUUUUGCGCGCAAGACGACACAAUGUCGCGUAAAUCAGACAAAGUCUCUGGUUGCGAGGAUUGCUUGUACUUGAAUGUCUACAUACCGGUUCAGAAUAACAGCAAAACGCGGUUACCAGUGUUGUUUUGGAUUCAUUCCGGAUAUUUUCAACGUGGUGCAUCAGACGAGGUAGACGAGAAUACUUUCCAGAAUUUUGACGCAAUACUGGUAACGAUAGAUUAUCGAUUAGGACCAUUCGGUUUCCUUAGCACGGGAGACAGCGUUGUGCCAGGUAACAUGGGACUGAAGGAUCAGAGCAUGGCUUUGCGUUGGGUCUAUAAAAAUAUCAGAAGCUUUGGUGGUAACCCUAAAAACAUAACUCUUGCUGGUAGUAGUGCAGGUGCCAUGAGCGUACAUUAUCACUAUUUAUCGGCCCUGAGCGCUGGUCUUUUCCAAAGAGGUAUAUCUAUAACUGGCGCAGUACUCAUCCCUCCAGCAUUAACAAAAAAUGCUCCCGCAAAAGCUAAGAAGUUCGGAGCUUCCUUGGGAUGUCCAACAAGCAAUUCAACUGACAUGAUUAACUGUCUACGACAAGUACCACCACGAACUUUAGCCCAAGCUACAAGCAGUCUUUUGGCGUGGUACAUGGCACCAUAUAUUCCGUUUGGACCCGUCGUCGAGGUACCCGGACCUAACGCGUUCAUUUCACGUCCUCCAGUCGACAUCAUCAACAGUCACGAGGUCUACGAUGUUCCUUGGAUGGUUGGCACUGUCAGUGAGGAAGGGUUGUUUCCCGUUGCAAUGUUUUUCAAUGACGACAAAAUA